ACCUGCCAACGAGGAUGACGAAUUAUGUUCAGCCACGAGACGAGCUCCUCACCCACCCCCCCCCUACCUUAUGGCCAUGCAUUUACUGGACAAUUCAAAACUAGGACGAGAACCAAAAUCAUGUAUGACCAUGGUCGUCAAGAGGUCCUUUAGACGGUCGUUCCGUUGUCGUAGCCGAAUUUCAGCACACUAAAGUCCGCCCUUAGGUUAUUUCGCGAUUCAAGUACUGAGGCCAAUAUGACGCCUAAAGCAGGCAUCACCUGGAACAGGCAAAAGGAUUGCCUGCGGCCGCUCUGGGUCAACAUCCAAGCCCGAGUCGUCGACGACAUUGGAAUUUUUACGGCAACUCAAUUGUUCUGGAACCACACCAAAGACAACAUCGCCCAGGCUGCUUAUACCUUUCCGCUACCAAAUGGAUGCUCUGUCACUGAUUUCUCCUGCCAAUUUGGCAAGAGAAACUCAAACAAACUGCUCGUUGCCAAGGUUCGGCCCCGAGCGGAAGCAAGAGCCAACUUCGACAGAGCCAAGACAACAGCAGCGCUUGGAGAACUCAACACAUCGGAGAUCUUCACCUCUUCUCUGGGCAACAUCCCUGCCAAGGCGAGGCUUAGGGUGGAAAUAACUUUCACGUGCUUGUUGCAACGCCAGCUACGUGAGGACGACGACGUGACUCUGGUGACGCUGACGAUUCCCACCACCAUCGCCCCGCGGUAUGGCACACCACCUCCAGAAAUGAGGCACGCAAACAUCACCGAGCCCUUGGGAAUAACAAUCGAGGCUAUUGUCAUCUCACGGGAACCGCUGCUUGCAAUACAGGCUCGUUGCAAAGGCCACCAGAUAACCCAAGAGCCAUAUUGGGAAGUCAACAGCGGAGGGCAGUGGAUGGAGACAGGAACGCUGGUGAGAUUGGGGGUCACCGAUUCUCUAGGUGGAGACUUCGUUCUGAACAUGUCGCGGCCCAUCGAGCGCGAGCAGCCAUCUGCAUGGGUCGAGUACCACCCGGAGUGGCCCGAUCAAAGGGCCAUGAUGAUUUCGAUUCCUCCCACUUCCACGACCAAUGUACCAGGCCGCAGCGAGAUUCUCUUCCUCGCUGACAGGUCCGGCUCCAUGGAGAACAAGAUUGGGGCACUGAAGAAGGCCAUGAUGUUUUUCUUAAGGGGUAUUCCCGAGGGCAAGUUGUUCAACAUCUGGUGCUUCGGCUCGAAGUACACUUCCAUGUGGCGUGGUUCGGGGGAGUACAAUGCGCAGAACCUUGCCGCGGCCGAGAAAUAUGUUGCAAACAAGUUCAGAUCUGACAUGGGGGGGACUGAGUUGCUUCCUGCACUGAGAGCCGUGGUCGACGCGCGAGAUGCUACGACUCUGACUGAUGUGAUCGUGCUGACCGACGGAGAGUAUUGGGCUCUCGAUGACACCACCAACUUUGUCCGCGACACCAAGCAAGCAACGAACGGGGGAGUGCGAUUUUUCGCCCUCGGCAUCGGAAAUGAGGUCUCGCACGCCCUUGUCGAGAACAUCGCGCGAGCCGGUGGGGGAUACUCCCAAGUGGUGGAAGCCGCAGGGGGAGGCGACCUGACCAGAAGCUUGGUGACCAUGCUUGACAAAGCUUUGAAGGAUCAUGCGAGCUCUGUGGACAUUUAUUUUGAUGGGGUCGAGAAGAGUCAAGGUUCCGACUUCCUUCAAUCGCCGACGUUGCUCAAAUCUCCGUUCAACACCAUGGAGAUGUCACCAUUUGUCCAUAAUCGCAUUCUUCUGCUCCUCAAUACCAGCGAAUGGAGACAUUCCCUCCCGCAGUGGGUCCAGGUGGUCAGGAACGAUAGCCGCGGCAAACAAGAGAUGAUUGAUGUCAGGGUUCAGGCCCUCUUAAAUCCUGGAACUCUCAUACACAAGCUCGCAGCACGAGCACUCCUAGGUGAUCUCGAGAGGCGCGAAAGUUGGAUUCAGGGACACCUUUUUGCACCUCCCAGAUAUUCCAUCGAGGAAGAAGAUCUGACCAGGGCGGAAGGGGAGGCACUGGGAAUCCAUUACAACAUAGCCUCAAAAUGGACCAGUUUCUUCAUCGAACAAUCUUCCAAUCCUGGUCUGGAUGACCCCUUCCUCCAGGAUUCGACAAACCCACCGAGCAAACAUUCCAAGACACAGCCGAAAGAGGGUGGUUCUCGAAGCAAGCACUCGAAACGCCAAAGCGAACCCCGGGCUGGUGGUGAUAAAGGGAAAUACGCGAACUCGAGGUCUGCGGAAGGACCCACAGAGCUCCCCAACCCCGCUCGACGGCGUUCCGAUGUACCGUAUCCAGAUCCUUCGGGAAAUCCAUUCUUUGACCAGCCACAUACCGCCGGCCCAGGCUUGGAGGAGACAUAUUCAUCACCUUCUAGCCCUGAGAUGUUGGGGAGCAAGCGAGGUGCUGGAUCUAGCAAGGGAGAAGAACCACGCAGAGGUGCUGCCUUCAAGAGCAACGGAAUUCCACAUUUCGAAAAUAGGGAUAUAAAUGCUGACGAAGAGGAUCCCUUCUGGGGCCAAACUCUUUCCCAGUACACUGAAGCGAACGUCAAGUACGGUCAGUUAUCACCUACAGUGUCCAGAACCGCACCUCAAUCCGUCGAAGAGCAACUCCACACCGGAGGGGGUGUGGACGACAACGAUGCAAUGCCAUACGAGGCCCCUAGCACUACGGACGCUAUAUAUGGAAGCCGAUAUCAGGAAACAUCAGAGCACGACAGCUUUGGUCCGUCACAAGAACCUAUGGCUCCGGUCGUAUCCGAUUUAGCCAUCGACGCCCCAAGCUCAAUUCCGGCCUCAAACUUGGCCAUGGUCAGCAUUGAGAAGGUUACCUCUUCGCGUAAGACCCGUGAGACCGACGCUGACGAGUUCGUCAUCUCUUCUUUGAUCCAUCUCCUGACUUCUGAGGGCUGCUUCAAAUUUGCGGACAAGAAGGCCGGGAAGAAGCUGCUCGGCAAGAAAUUUGGCGCCAUUGUCGACGCACUGGGGGAUGUCGACUUCCCGCUUGCCUCCACCAUUGCCGUCGUCGUGUUGUUGCGUCAGGACUAUCGGAAACACCGGAGCUUUUAUCGGCUGGGCCUGGCAAAGGCUGUCCAAUACAUCCAGCAUGCCUUUCCAGAUUGCGGUGUCGAGGACGAAAAUUUCACCGUGGACAACUUCCUCCUAUACCUCGAGGCACCUGGCGAGGAGUGUCUUUACAAUGCUUCCGAUUUGGAUGAUGAGACGGAGGACGAGAGGAAUGACAAAAAUGGAGAGGGACUGCAAAGGGAUCUGGCCCGAAGGCUAAUAGAAUUGGCUCAAUGUCUCACCCCGGGCGAGAGAGUCUGCCGGAAAACCCUCGCAUCUUUAGAUGCUAAGAUAAGCGAGAUGGAAGUGGUUCUGUUCGGCGUUAGCUCCUCGCGGAAGAACGGUAGAGCCCGGCGGACCAACACUGUCAAAGCGCAUGGGACCAAACAAUCCAGAAACCAGACAUUCCAGCCCUCGCCCAAAUCCAACGAAGAGUCAACUGCUGAUAACUCGUCUCAUUACUACGCCCAAGGUGGUGGCAGCGGGGAGCAGGUGGCAACAUAUAACCUGGCGGAAUACCGGUAUGCCACCUUUCCAACCGGACAUGAGGAAACACCAGGGAUCGCGUCUUCGUCUCAGGAUUUCGGAGUUCCGGUUGUUGUGGCUGGACAGCAGGAAGCCGCUGACGGGUACGAAUGGGGAGCGGCGCCGCCUCUUGCGUAUCCACCUGCUGUAACAGAGGAGAGGGACUACCAAGGCGACUCUGGCGAUGGCCCGAGUCAAUACGAAGCUCCGCCCUACUCACAACCAGAGGUCCAAUCACCAACGACGACAUUGGCCCCCGAUACCGAGAAGAUAUGGCACGACGAUCCCCGUCAAGAGAGGGAGCGGCACGACAACGCCACAGAAUAUGCUACACCUGAUACCAAGUCCGACACUAGGCAUGCAAAAUCUAAGAAUGUAGGAAGUCAAUCGAGAGGGGAGCCGUCAAAUACAGCCAAGAGAUCGAAGGGGCGUCGUUGAUUCAUGAUUCCGACGACAACAACGGCUUAUGUUCCAUUGCUGCCAAGACGAAAGCAUCCAGAAAUCCCUGUAAUCCGUUGUGAGGGCGCCAUCUUCCUUGGUCUUAUAGACCCGCCGACACCCCGUUCGACGAUCACUGCGGAAAAGGCGACAGGAUUUUUACUUUACUGCUACUGUGCAAUAGAGAGCGUGCCAACUUUGAAGAUCGGUAGUCCGUCCAUCAGGUUUCCGUAUUACUUUGGCUAGUAUGAGUAGGACUUUUACUGAGUUUUCUCGAAAUAGCGUUCUUAAGGCAUCAACAUUUUGAUUUAAUCCUCAACUAACUUCCCAUUGAC